GAGCGGCGGACCGUCCCGAGGCAGGAAGCCCACACGCGCGGGGUCCGGGAAAGCAGCGGCUUCUGCUGCGGCUCUUGCGGGAUCCACCGACCAACCAUGGCUGACCGCGACGUUGACUUGAGGCAGCAGCGCCUCGCGGCCGCGCUGAGGCUGUCGCUGCUGGCCGGCGUCGUGAUGAGCCUGGCGCCAGCAGCGAGCGGCGAGGACGAGGGCAGCCUGCGGCUGGUCAUCGGCGCUCGCGUGACGACGCACGAGGGCCGCGGCAACGUCGAGAUCUUCCACGCCGAUCGGUGGGGCGCCGUGUGCGACGACGAGUGGGACACCCGCGAGGCGCAGGUCGUCUGCCGCAUGUUGGGACACGAGAACGCCUCGGCCAGCGUCACCGUCAACGCACACUUCGGAAAAGCGCUCAGACCUAUCCUGAUGGACAACAUCUACUGCACCGGUGAGGAGCGCCACAUCGAGGAGUGCCCCUUCGACGGGUGGGGUGUGCACGACUGCGGCCGUGACGAGGCAGCGGGCGUCGAGUGCCAGCUCCCGCCACCGCCGACCACCCCUGGUCCGCCAUCGCCUGCCAUCUUCAAGAAGAAGAUAAGAACCCGCAGCCGGGGCAGCGUCAAGUUACGGCUAGUCGGCGGCAGGACCCGCAACGAGGGCCACGUCGAAGUGUACAUACCCAAGCGUGGAUGGGGCACCGUGUGCGGGGACGGCUGGGGCCUCCUCGAAGCGGCCACAGUCUGCCGACAGCUGGGACUCGGCUACGCCGACGCAGCCAUCCAGGGAGACCACUUUGGUGGCGGCAACCAGACCAUGAUGCUCAGCGGUGUGAUGUGCACGGGUCUGGAGAAGAACCUCGCCGACUGCCUACACGAUCAGCUGGGCGUAGGCACCGUCACGUGUCCAGGAGUAGGGGACAACAUGGCCGGCGUCGUCUGCGUGCGGGACCAAGCGGACCUGGUGAUUGACGAACACGAGGUGGAGCGGUCGGCGUACCUCGAGGACCGGCAGCUGCUGUACCUGCAGUGCGCGAUGGAGGAGCACUGCGUCUCCACUUCCGCCUAUGCGCUCAAGGCAGACCCCGGUUGGCUGUACGAGACUCGGCGCCUGCUCCGCUUCACGGCGCGCGUGGCGAACGUGGGCAACGCCGAGUUCAUGCCGUUCCUGCCGAAACACGCCUGGGUCUGGCACUCCUGUCACAUGCAUUACCACUCAAUGGAAGUGUUCGCUCACUACGACGUGCUGGACGCUGCCGGAAAGCGCGUGGCCGAGGGCCAUAAGGCAAGCUUCUGCCUCGAGGACAACGUGUGCCAGCCCGGAGUGGACAAGCGCUACAACUGCGCAAACUACGGCGACCAGGGAAUCUCUGUCGGCUGCACCGACACCUACGCGCACAACAUCGACUGCCAGUGGGUCGACAUGACCGACGUGCCACACGGACACUACACUCUCAGGGUGUCCAUCAACCCGGAAUACAAGCUGGCUGAGAUGAGCUACGAUAACAACGCUGCUGUAUGCGACCUCAUCUACACGCAGACCUACGCUGCCGUCACAAACUGCACUCUUGGAAGGCCGUGAACUCGCAGCGACAACGAGAAGGCUCCUCGCCCCAAGAGGACGCGCAUCUCAAGGAGCGUCGAGAUAAACUGAAAAAACCCAAUGUGCUCGUUCGGAUUCCGCCCACUUACCGCAUACGACCUAUAUGAACCGGCCAUUGGUUGGUGCUGCACUCAAGGUUCAAGUCGCAGCAGUGGGACUUGCGACAAUCUAGAAAAAGAAAGGACAAGUCGCGCCUGCGUGAUUUCCUUUUUCCUUUUGGUAAAAAAAAAAGUUACGCCGGCAUCAGUCGCAGGGUCAACACGACAGCAUCCUCGUAACGACGAAUGUGCUCGAGAGACCGUCUCGAGCUGCAAGCACACUCUGAGAAAAGGACUACAGUGCUGUAGCAUACAUCUAGGUGUUCUACGACGUUGGGUGGCUCUCAUAGUUAGGUCCCUAAGUGUACAUGUAACAGACGCAACACUAGGGACCUGCAUGACGACAUCGGGUGGCGUGGUCAGAACACCUUGAAUCGAAGUUCGCAAAGACCUUUGCUUUUGCCAUGGCGGUUGCGUCAAAUUAAUCCCGACAACCACGAUGAGAUGCUACCGAGAAAUACUGAGUAAGUAAAAUGAGCGCCGCAAAGGGACCGAUAGUGACUGGCUGAUGCUUAGGUACCGCAGGGGACCUGAACGUCUAAUAAACGCGGAAAGAUUAUGAGAUUGCUGUAGGCUUGCGGAGUCGCUGAGCAAUUAGAAACAACCGCCCCCCCCCCCCCCCCCUCGCCGCCUUCCAGGCUGACUUGAAAACAAGCUCGGUUCAAUACUCAGGUUUAGCAGGAGCUCAUCACUAACGCAAAAUACGCAUUAGCACUCUCUGUCACAGCAUCUCUGGUGGCGCCGGUGUGUUUUUGGCGGGAUAAUGUAGGCCGCUUUUCGGGGAGCUAGCCUUUGCGGCUGCCCAACCCCUCAUCCCUUUGGUCUCUCUUUAUUCUCUGUGCUAAGUUAAAAUUGAAGUGACAAUUUAAUUACGUGAGCCGGUUUCAAGGGUCGCGUUAGGUUCAUAUGCGUUCAAGUGCGGCUGGAAAUUGUCUGAGUGAGGUUAUUUAUAAUAAGGUGUGAUUCGCAUUUCUUCGACAAAAGCAAACAUCCACAUACGCCGCGCCAGCAGUAUAGGCGAACGGAUGCUCGCCUUAACAACACCGCCACCGAUGACGAGCAACUGGAAGCUGAUAUGCUGAGGUGCAGCGGACGCUGCAUACCACCUGCUGGUGCAGUAAUUGCACUGCCAAAGGAACUUGAGUGCUUUGUAAUGUACGCUAACAGAAUAAAAAUAAUCAGUAUAAAAAAGACAUCAAGCAUGUAACACUUUUUCUUAGUGUAAGACCGACAUAUCAGCUAGCACACAAAGGAGCUGCAAGUCGGGCUACAGAACACAGCUACGAGAAAAUCCAUAGAAAAAGUGUAGCCAAAACAAACAGGAAACAAGAACAAAGAAACAAAUAAACAAACAAGAACAAACAAGCAAAUAAACAAAAAAUAAUGAAUUGCAAGCCAUGGCACAGCAGAGUGCAUGAUGCCCAGAAUUUCUAUAUACAGGGUGUCCCACGGAACUUUAGCCAAAAGUUUAAAAAUAUGGGAAUGCCACGU